AUGGUCAUGGGCAUGUUCAAGUUGACUGGCCAUUCAUCUGGCUCGGGCAUCCGUAUGGACACCACUUUCGACUCCUUGAUAACUGCAGAGAUCACCGCAGGUCCACGGCAACAGCGGUUAAUCGAAAUCAAGAAGGGGAGACAACGGGCUUCCUUACCUAGCAAUGCAGAAGCUGAGCGUGACGCGCCGACCGAUAUCUCGCAGGAGGUAUUGAUAUUGAAGGGAGUCACGGCAUCGAAUAACCAGACAAAGUUCCCGAAUAGUGAUCCGAAGCAGCCUGAAGAAGCGGGGCACAAGCCUAUACGCACACCAAACAACAACGUUCGCUGGAUAUUCGCGGAUUCGCAUCCCAAUGCCGUCCUGGACCGGUCGCGGUGGGAAGAUCAGAGGAGCCCCAGCCCCAGACCAGUCCCAGACCCCCUAUCCACGAUAGAAGAAUCACCGAUAGAUACCGCCACUCCUCAGAAGACAGAUUUAGACAACUGGAGGAUUUCCGGAUGCUUGAGAAGCAGUGCAUUGGCCAACUCCAGGGAAAACAAGGUGGACUUCCUGCGUCGACGCGAGCCUGGGCCAUCCCGAUAUCCACGAUCGCGAUGCAACACCGACCCAGAGAGAAAGUAUCAAAGUAUCGACGAUCUGCCCUUUACUGGACGAGCGCGGUCCGGCGGAGGCACGCUGAGCCGCGAAUGA